AUAUGAAGGUAGUGGCACGAACACUAUAUGCCCUACGUUACUAGCUCAAGCAAGGAGCAAUACAUGGUCUCGGGCAGCUCGCCGGAGAAAAAUGGCUGUUGAUCAUUCAACGAUGUCAACGUCACAGGACUUUGUUAUGCAGUGCCAGAUAAAUUGCGUUCAGACCUUGACAACUCACGAAACCGAGGGAGUGAGAGAGUUUGAGCUCGAAUAUGUGUGGACCGAAGGGAAGGAGCGGGCCUUGUACGAAAGCUUUGUUGGGCAUGUUAGCAGAAAGAUUGGGGCUGCGAUGAUGGAUGAAGGAUGAACAGUUUAGUGCUAGGGCUAGGCUCAGUACUCUAUUGGAUCACAGGACACAAAGGCAAGACUCGUGCCAUUAUAAUUUGCAGUCUAAAAGUUAAACACAACAUGUCACUGUGCAGCAUU